GUCUGAGAAAACAGUUAUUAAUUAUCUUGUCCUACUUCAUGAAUUGCUCCUCGGGUGUAGAUGAAGCUUAAGAAAAUGAUGUUCCUUUUUCCCAAAAGUAGAGUGAGGUCUAUACUGGAUACUAUAGAUGUGAGGGAAAUUUUAUGGAGCAAAUAUUUUCUACUUGACAUGCAAUGUGUUUCAAGGAUGAAUAAUGUCCAUCUAGUCAUGGCCAUGGAAGGUAGGAUUAUAAGGGAUUAUAUAUCAGUUUAUCACCUAACCCUUAGUGUCCUGCUGGGAUAGUUCGUCCCUGGGGUCUAGGAUCUGGGUUUAUGGGAUUGCAGGUCUCCUCCUCACUGUAGCUUCUUUUAUGUACACCAGAGGGCAGAAGCUCCUUGGCAUGUGUGUGAGGGAACCACAUAAGAGAAAGGCUGACAUUCCUGAGAAAAGAAGAUGCAUAAAAAGUCACAGAAUAAAGCCUUCGAAAAGGAAAGGACGUUGAUGAGACAAAGUGCUUCCGUCACCUGCAGUGGGUCUGUAGCCAGACGAUCUCCCACUCACAAUCUUUUUUCGUAGCUACUGGAAGCCCUAGGAGUCCUCUGACCUGCAUCAUCCUCAUUUAAUGUCACAACCUUAUCCUGUCCCUCUUUAUUGUAGUCCUCUGGUUGGUCUGGUAGUCCUGUGCAAGUUAGUUGUCAGAGUGGCAGCUCCAUCCUGCUACCAGAUAUUUAUAUAUGGAGCAUACCGUGGCAGAAGUGCUGGAAGUGUGUCAGCUUACACGGUUGUGUCGGCCAAAUAAGGACAUUAACUUCAGUCCCAUAAGAACCUCAUCAGUUACCAAUUUCAUCAAGGAAUGGUGGUUUUUUUCUUUUUAAAGCAUAGUAUCAGUAAUAUAUUUACUAAAAACCUUAGACAUUAUGAAGAAAGUCAGUAUAUGGAAUCUUACACUGCUUGGCUAAAUUAACACUAAAUAUAGACCAACAGUUUCAUGCUGGGUUUAUGGGCCUUCUAGGAGCACCCGUGUGCUGAUGGAAGGCAAAGAAGGAAAUACAGAAUUUGUAGAAAAUUUUGUUGUAGUUGCUUCCGAAUAAUUAGUUGUUUUUGUUUUUCUGGUAACCUAGCAGUGAAAGCUCACAUUUUUGGACAAUGAAUCAUUCUUCCCAGGACACUGGCUCUCGCGGCAUUUAUGAAGAUAGAAAGCUUUAUGUUGUGGAUUCGAUAAACGACCUAAACAAACUAAACCUCUAUCCUGCCGGCUCGCAGCAUCUGUUCCCUCUAGAGGAGAAAAUCCCAGACGUUGGCACUAACUCAGGAAAUGGAAGCCACAGUCUGUUUUUUGUGGGGCUGAUAAUCGUGCUGAUCAUUAGCCUGGCACUGGUUUCCUUCGUGAUAUUUCUAAUAGUUCAAACUGGAAACAAGAUGGAUGAUGUGUCAAGAAGACUAAUAGCUGAGGGAAAGGACAUAGAUGAUCUUAAGAAAAUCAACAACAUGAUCGUAAAGCGACUCAACCAACUGGCCUCUGAACAGAACUAAAGAGUGAUCUUCCAAGAGCAACUGCUAACACCUGAGUUUCUCACUUGACUGGGAGUGUACAGAGUUAAGAACUGAGCAAGUGCAUUUCUGCAGGCAACAGAUUAUCUAGAUAGCGAACCCAGCCCUGCAGCCAACUUUCUGCUACAGGGAUGGGAGCAACUCUGAGGCGGAGGGGUGUGGGGAUAGCAGAAGAAACGGGCUCAUUUUAUGGUAGGGUCCUUCAGCUCUAAUGGGGUUAAGGGUAGC